AUGGGGGGAAAUGACGAGGAGCCGCAGCGCCCUCACAGCGCACCGGGACAGUCAGAGCAUGGGCUGGCUUCGCACUUGCAGACUUCGGAUAGCGAUGUGAAGGGUGGAAAUGUGGAAACGACAGACCAGAGUAUCAGAUGCAAUAACAGGUCAACAAAUAAUGUGCCAAAACCGCUUGCCACUACUGAUCUCACAGAUAAGGACAACAUGAAUGAUAAGCCGCAAAACGCGCCGCUCAUGCCAGUUGAUGUGUUGCUGCCGCUCACGGCUACGGUGGAAGUGGAGGCGAAAAGUGCUCCAAAUGAGGGUGAGCAGGUGCGACUAUUUGGGAAGCGACACACUCUGGUGUUCAACGAGGAGAAACAUGAAACGCUAGCCAAACAGGAAGCUCUUCCGCGUGAGGUUAUGGCACGAUUCCAUCAGAGCAUUGCCGCUAGAGAUCUCGCGACAGCAUCCCCCAUAAACUCGAACUUCAAUGAUGAUUCAUCCCCGGAGCGACAGUUUCACGCUACUGUGAAUUCGCAUUAUUCAGGGUUUGAUGGGGGUCAGCCGCCGUCGUUACCCUCCACAACAGCUGCGCAAUCGCUGUUGGAAUCUACUUUCUCGCCUAGCCGUGUCCGUAUGGAUCUUGCUCAGCGAAGCCCACGCCUCGGCGAGAUGCAAGGGACUCCGUUGGCUUGCGAUCUGCGACAUGGUCUAAUAUCUCGCCUCUCAGGACACCGCCUUGCUAAUUCGCUCACCGGUGAGAACCAAGUUGAAAAUGUUUCCGUGCAUGAUGACUUGGAUGCCCGUACGAUGUCCUACACAGUGUUGCAUUACAUGUCGCAUCGCCCAAAACCGGCAGUGCAUGCACUCCCAUUGCGUCCGAUAAUCUGCACAAUGCUUGCAUCAGAAGUUGUGUUUCCGUUUGCCUUGAUCGCCUUGAUUUUCGGAUUGUACUACUGGGCCACUACACGACUGAUAUCUGCAUUGUCUAGUGCAGAAACUGGUGCCGUCUCUCCCGGUGCAACCAGCUGUGGCUCUGCUGCUGGCAGUCUGCAGAAGCGCUGUAUCGGAUCUUUGUCUCGAGAAGCUUUUAACUGUAUGAUGGGAAUCUUGAUAGCCUUUAUCAUAGUAGUAGUCGGAGGGGCAAUACUUCUGUGGGUGUUCCCCUGGCACUACAUGUAUUCUUCAUAUCUGCAGACGCUUGCAUUCAUCUGUGACGUGGCACCUACUCUGUCGAGAAUAAGGGCGCUUACGCCAAAACAGGAGGCCAUAGCUCCAAAACGAAGAAUAUCACCGCUCUUUUGGAGGGAAAAGAGGGAGAAAUCUGUUAUUACAGGAGUGGUGGAAAAUGUUGUUCUGUUAGGGAAAACCUUGCAUGAACUGAAAUGGUACAUCCCCCAUACAGAGCGCCAGGGCGUUUUGACCAGUGUCUUAAACUGUCAAAACUGUGAUGUCACGAUGUCUCAGCUCAAUGGUGAGAGGCACAGCGAUUGUGUCUCACAACAUUCACGGCGACUGCGUGAAACCCACUCUGGCCAUCCCUCGCCCCAAGAAGAUCUCCUUGUGAGUGCUUCAAACUCCACAAAUCCCUUGUUGGUGGAUAAUAUUUCCCCAAGCAUCGCACGACGAGGUAUGGUAGCCAUUCACACAAAUAUAUACCAAGUCGCGGGUAGCUCAAACUCCAUUGAAGAGGAACUUCUGGGACCGGAAGACACCGACACAAUGAGAUCUCCCGUACGCAGGCGCUAUCUGAGUGGUACAAGGCUUAUGUCAUCUAAUGGUUUAAACGCCUCUAUGAAUUCUAGUACCGCAUUGAUCACCGAAACCUGUCGUACAGGGAUGGCAUGCAAUGGUACCAAGAAUGAAAAUACGGGUUUGGAGGAUGUGGAAGCAAAGGGCACAGCACUCAAUGAUUUUGGCUUUUGGGUUCAGCAAGUUACCUUUCUGGUUUGUCGCCUGUUUCUGCCAAAGUUGGAAGUGCAUGCUAACGGCUCCUUCACGGAAAAGAGUGCCGUGCAGGCGCAGGAAAUAUCAAAACAAUUUUUGGCCGUUGUUUUGCGUGUGGCAAAGGAAGAAUGUGGUGUCCCGUUCGACCUACGGCUGGACUGUGUCAUUGUGACAUUUCAUACACGAUCAGGCCCUAACUCUGUUAAUUUAGUUCAGCCUCGUAACUGUGCCUUUCGAAUGGUGUCGGAAUUGACGAAGUUGGAGUCAAGUUGGUCGCAUAACUCCUCUACGUCUUUUACCUGGGGCAUCGCCAUGCAUAUGAGCCAACUUGUGAUUGGCCUGAGCAGCACGGCAUCCCGACAAAUUGCCUGGCUUUAUGGUGAAGAGGUCAAACUCGCCCACCGCGUAGCCGAGUUAUGUUCAAUUUUGGAUUGCCCAUUAUUGAUGCUUCAGCCGUGCUAUGACGUUUUCCGUGUCUGUGUGACAGCCGUGCCUGUUGAUGUGAUUUACAAAGAGACGUCUGACGGAAAGGUCAGAAUUUAUUUGUAUGAACCCAAGGCUCUUGCGGAGGAAGAAAAUCUCUACACCAAACGUGAACACUACGCACCUUUGACUGAUGCCUUUGGGUUAAUGUGCGAAAAGAAAUUUACUGAGGCCGCAAAGAAACUCGAGGGGAUUCUGGAUUUAGACCAUAACGCACCUCGGCUGUACUCCCUCUGUAAAUACUUUUUGCAGCAACAGCGAGACGGAAAGAUCGAUGUGGUUUUACCGUACAACACCAUGUACGUGCGUAGUGGGCUGCAAUGGGAGCCAUUGGAGUCGGAAGCACGGAAGUAUUUGCAAGAGUGCCAGUCCCAGUGUGAGGCCGAUGCUGGUCACACCUUUAGCCAUAAUAACAGUGGAUCGUCGCACACUCAAGGCUACGUCGAACGGCGCGAAACAUUUGAUAUGAAAAGUGAAGCAACAGAUGAGGCACGCCUCGCUCUCACCCCGGUUCGUCGCAGUGUGCUGGAUGCAUCUGGGUUUGGUGCAUCUGACGCUUCGCCCCUUACCACAGCAAGUAUUCCAUAUCAACCGUCCAAUCUCACACAGAGUAGUCACCACCUGCAUGAUAUGGAGUCUGGAGUGCCAGGAACGGGAUCUGUGCAGCCUUCUUUCUUUGAAUGUGGCGAGGGAAACGAAAUUAGUGUUCGAUACAGCCAGCGUGUGGCAGCAAUGUCUAGCGUUUUUUCUGAAGCAGAUUUUGACGGGGAUACAAGCUUUCAUCAGAGUAAUUACAUGAACGAGAGCAGUGUCUGUAGCAGAGAGUAUGGCGAAAACAACGAAGGUAGAGCCGAGUUUGAUAUUUACGAGCCUUUAGGAAAAGGCUCUUUUGGUAUUGUUUAUCGUGGCCUUCACCCGGACGGAAACAUUGUCGCCAUAAAGGAAUACCCAUUCCCUGAUAUGGACGAAAACGACCCACGGAUUCAAAGCUCACGCUCUGAAAUCGAAAUGCUAGCAGGCUUUCACCAUGAAAACAUUGUUCGUUAUAUCAACAGUUGUUUUCAGAAUGGCGCGUUAUAUAUCAUUACGGAGUUUGUUUCUGGUGGUUCACUUUCGGCGCUUGUAAAAACGUUCCAAUGUCUCCCGCGCGAUACAAUAAGGCGCUAUACAGGGGAUAUACUUCGUGGAUUACAGUACCUGCACGAGCGUCAAAUCGUGCAUCGAGACAUUUCUCCCAAUAACGUUCUUGUUAGUAUUGAUGGAGUUUGUAAAUUGAGUGACUUUGGUGGAGCAGUGGAGUGUGCAAUGCAGAUUACAGAGCCGGGCUCCGAGACAGCAUCUGCAGAACCCAAUAUCUGGUCUGACGGGAGGACUGUUUUACUGCCCGCAGAAGAAGUUGGAAAGACGGUGGGCACUGUGAUGUUGAAAAAUUGUUUCGGAACACCUGUCUGCAUGUCUCCAGAUGCCUGUUCUGGUAUUGUGGACCCGAAAAACGACAUAUGGGGACUCGGCAUUACGCUUUGUUUCUGCUUCUCCGGGCGAUAUCCGUGGCCGGAGGGGGAGAUGCUGGAUGUUGGAUCUUUUAUUGGAAAACUAAGUCGCGGUGUGCUUACCCCCAAGGUGCCAUACAAUAUGAUGGAUGCUCAUGCCGCAGACUUCAUUGACCAAUGCCUUAGGAAAGACGCAAGAGCUCGUCUGACGGCUGCUCAGUUGCUGUUUCAUUCCUUUAUGGUGAGCUAG